CUAGCAUCUGUCAAAUGGGGCUCCCUCUCCAUUUCUCUCUACACACCUUUCCUUUGGGGGGAGAAGAAGAGGACAAUAGCAUGAAAAGUGCAAAAUGUUUCAAAUUCCUGUUCAAAAUCUUGAUAAUAUCAGGAAGGCUCGAAAAAAGGUGAAGGGCAUUCUUGUGGAUCUUGGGCUUGACAGCUGCAGGGAAUUGUUGAAGACUCUUCGAAGUUUUGACCCAGGUGAAAAACACUUUUGUAACACUUCAUGGAGUGAUGUCUCUCCUUGGGAGUCUGUGGGCAAAAGGAAGAGAUACAGAACAAAGCCGUACUGCUGUAGCUUAUGCAAGUUCUCGUCAAAAUUGCUUACUUCAUUCAAGAAUCACUUGCACCGUUACCAUGAGGAUGAAAUGGACCAAGAGCUGGUGGUUCCUUGCCCAAAAUGUGCAUUUGCUUCUGAUCCCAAAAUAGUAGGAAAACAUAUCCGGAUGUUUCAUUCAUCUAAUAAAAGAAUACAGAACUAUACAGUCAGCAUUUUGGAUGGCAUGAAACAAUUCAGGAGUGACAUCAUAAACUUUACAUGUCUAAAAUGUCACUUUACAGACACAUUGUAUUACAAUAUGAAGAAACAUGUGCUGAUGAACCAUUUUCAAAACUUAAUAAGUACAUAUUUUGGCCAGAAACCUGAUGAAAGUAAAGAGAAUUCUGUUGAGCACUACUGUAAAAAAUGUAAUGCCUCUGCAAACAGCCAAGAUUCUUUAAUGUAUCAUGUCUUGACAGCUGAAACACACCGAGACCUGGAGAACAAACUUCGGUCUGUGAUUUCAGAACAUAUUAAGAAACCAGGACUCGUGAAACAAAUGCAUAUUGCUCCAAAGCCUCCCCAGGGCACGUCAGUGGCUGCUCCAUCUGCAGGGCCUGCCGCUGCCCCAGCAGGUUCCGUCACAGCUCCGGCUUGCAUCCAGCUUGCAUUUCCACAGAAUAAUCAAAACCAGAGUGUGGUGCAGCCAAAAGCAGUUCAAAACACAGUCAGAUCACUGACUGUUCCAAGUGCCUCUGGUAGCCUUCCACAUACAACUUCCGCUCCAGUUGUUACCCCGUCACAUGUUACUCUUGUAUCUAGUAAUCUUCCCGUAGGUCAGAAUAACAUUAAUAUUCAGCCAUCACCUUCCCAGCCUAUCCUUGUUUCCCAUAGGCUCCCCCUUAAUCAGCCUGCAAGGGCUGGAGCUAUUCCUCUUAAUCAUUCUGUUGGGACUGUAAACAGACCUGUGGCCCCCGCCGUUCUUCCUCUUAAUCAACCUGUCAGGCCUGGGCUCUUUCCUAUUAAUCAACCCAUUGGUACUAUAAAUGGUCCGGUUGCAGCUGGAACGCUACCUGUUACUCAACCAGUCAGCCCUGUAAAUCAACCGGUUGCACCAGGAGUCCUCCCUGUGAAUCGACCGGUUGCACCAGGAGUUCUCUCCGUCAACCAAUCGCUUGGUCCCAGGGUCCUUCCUGUGGCACCAACAGUUGCGUCAGGGGCUCUCCAGCUUAACCAGCCUGUUGCCUCUGGGGUUGUUCCUGUCAGACAGCCUGUCAGACCUGGGUUUCUUCAGCUUAAUCAACCUGUUGCCCCAGCAGUUUUCCUAGUAAACCAGCCAGUUCAACCUGCAGUUUCUCAAAACACAACUCUCUUGACUGCAGGUUCUAUACUUAGGCAGUUGAUUCCAACUGGCAAGCAGGUUAAUGGGAUACCUACGUACACGCUUGCCCCAGUUUCAGUUACUUUGCCUGUACCUCCUGGUGGUGGAGUAGCAACUGUUACGCCACCACAAGUGCCCAUCCAACUAAUGCAGUCUGGGACAGUAACUCAGUUGUCCCAGUCACCGGCUAGCGCACCCUCUCCUCCAGUGGUUUUAACAUCUCAGAAUGUAUCAUUACAAGCCUCCCCACCUGGUCCUGAAACAAGUCAGGCUAUCAGACAGGCUAAGCAGUGGAAGACUUGCCCUGUUUGCAAUGAGCUUUUCCCCUCAAAUGUCUACCAGGUGCACAUGGAGGUGGCCCACAAACAUGGUGAAGUAAAAAUGGAGAAAACCCUGGAACCUGACAAACUCGCAGCUUGCGCGCCCUUUUUAAGGUGGAUGACAGAAAAGACAGUCCGGUGUUUCUCUUGUAAAUGUUUUCUCUGUGAGGAAGAGCUCAUGAAACAUCUCUUGAUGCAUGGCUUAGCUUGCUUGUUUUGCACAGUUACUUUCCAUGACUUAAAAAGCCUCGUGGAGCACAAUAAAACUACACACAACGGGAAGAAGCAGUUACAUGCAGACUAUAGCAACAGAGGAUUUCAACUAGGUAAUGAUGCUCAGGGUGACCUUGUAUUUCCACACUUUGAUUUCAGUACAGUGUUACCAAAAGAAGACAUUGGUGAAAGAGAAGUACAUUUGGCAGUGCUCGCUGGACUAAAUUCAAGGACGCUUGUCCCUGUUUACAUCAAAGUGAAGCCUCAGACAGCAGAAGUGAACAAUAGGUGCAACAAAAAAGUGUUAACCUGUCCCUUUUGUUUUGGUACGUUUGUUAGUGAAGAAACCUAUGAAAUGCAUUUGAAAGAGCGGCAUCAUAUAAUGCCAACUGUACACACAAUUUUAAAGUCUCCUGCUUUCAAGUGCAUCCACUGUUGUGGUGUGUACACUGGAAAUAUGACUCUAACGGCUAUUGCUGUACAUUUGCUCCGUUGUAGAAGUGCUCCCAAAGACAGCAACUCAAGUGUGAAGAUGCAGCUUGAGCGCACUGAGAAGAAAGAGCUACUGUUUGUGAAUGGUGAAAAGCAUGAUUCUGUGAUACCGAAAAGAAAGCAAUCGGAUUCCUGCUUUGUUGCAGAAGACCAAAGGAAUAAGGAACAGCAGCUUCUGAGCUUAAGUACUGGCAUAGCUCUAUCUCCAGAAAAAGAAAUUAAUUCAGGGGUAGUGCCUUUCAAACGACAAAAGAUUAAUACUAGGACUGAGGUGAAGAAAUUUCCUUCUAGUGAGGAUCUUCGCAUUCUAGCAGUAGAUCCUAAACAGUAUGAUCACAAUUCGUAUGAGGCUCAAAAACAGUUUUUGACAGACUACUUUCACGAGAGGCCAUAUCCUUCUAAAAAAGAGAUGGAAUUACUUUCCUUGCUACUAUAUGCGUGGAAAAUAGAUGUUGCAUCAUUCUUUGGAAAAAGGAGGAAUAUAUGUUUAAAGGCGAUAAAUAAUCACAGACCAUCUGUGCUGCUGGGUUUCAGUAUGUCGGAACUAAAAAAUAUUAAGCACAGUUUGAAUAUAAAAGAUGAACCAUUAGAUAUGUAAACAAGCUUUUUAUAACAGCUAAAAGCAAUCCAUAAUUACAUACUUACUGAUUUAGCAGUUUAUUGUAUUAUCUGUUUUAACUUGCAGACUGGCCUGUUGAAGGGUGCAGUAGUACAAAAAGUCUCGUUCAGUUGUGACUGUUAUUGUGAAAGGCACACGUAGUUGUGUAUUUGAAAAAGCUAAAACCUUCAGACUUAAACAUCUGGAAUUUGUUUUAGCUUUUUACUUUUUCUGGAAUAGUGGGUUUUUGGUUUUUUUUGUUGGUUGUUUUUUUUUUUUGUUCCGUUUCCCUUUCUUCCCCUCCAGGCUCCCAUUACACUUUUUAUACCACCAUGUGAAACAUUUGUCUUUUAUUUUUCUGCAAUGUUGUCAUCUUUUCUAAAUAAUAAAAUGUAUAAUGUUGGUUAAAAUAACUGAGGUAAACUACGUGAAAAACAUCUAUUUGAUUAUUUGUGUUUUUAAGUCCUCCUAAUUUUUUUAACCUAUUUCUGCUUUAUCUGCUGAAGAAGCGAUUGUAGCCUUUACAUCCAUUGCCCCUUCAAAUUCCCAGAGCGCUGGUAGCAAUAAAAUACAUGGCAGUCUCUUUUUUUUUUCUCAGUCAAAAUACCUGUGCCAGUUAAGUCUGGUGACUGGUAUCUAACUAGUAGUAACAUGGUGGGGAUUGAGGGGCUUGUGGGGGGGGUGCCUACUGAAGUGUUAUAAUUGACUGACUUGAAAUGGUUGUGUUAUUAUCUGUUAAAUAGACCUUGCUAACCGGAAGCGUUUAUUCUUUUUGUUGGUGUUGAAGCCUGGUUGUUUAAAUACCUGUUGUUCAAAGCUUGGUAGCAGCAUUUGGUUUCCUUCCUUUUUCAAAA